GCGAGGAUGGGCGUGGGAAGGGAGCCGGAGCCGCGCGGCCCGCAGUCCUGACCCUGCCCGGGAGGAGGCGGCUGGAGCUCGCGGGACUCCUCCGUUCCCCGCUACCUCCUUUGAAUGCUGACUUCAGGCUCCGUCUCUCUUCGCUGCCGGGCUCCUCUCAACCGGACACCGCGGACGCAGGGACGGUGACCCACGCCAGGCUGCGCCGCACUCCGGGGGCCGCCGAAGAACCGCAGCCCGAGCGCCUCCCUGCAAGGAGCCCCGCUGCGGUCCGCGGAGGGAUGGCUCGGGGCUCUGCCUGGCGCGCUCUCCUGCCCCUGUGGCUCGUCUGGGGCGCUGCCUGCUCCAGCGCGGCGUCGGGGGACGACGGAGCUUUUCCUUUUGACGUUGAAGGGAGCUCAGCCGUGGGCAGGCAAGACCCGCCCGAGACGAGCGAGUCCCGCGUGGUUCCGGGACGCCUGCCGCCUGCUGUCGAGAAAUGCGAUGCUGGAUUCUUCCGAGCUGGGUCAGGGGAAUGCUUGCCCUGCGACUGCAACGGCAACUCCAACGAGUGCGCCGACGGCUCUGGAGUCUGCGUGCACUGCCUGAGGAACACAACAGGAGAACAUUGUGAAAAAUGUCUAGAUGGUUACAUCAGCGAUUCCAUCAGGGGACCACCUCAGUUCUGCCAGCCAUGUCCCUGUCCCCUUCCUCACUUGGCCAAUUUUGCAGAAUCCUGCUACAGGAAAAACGGAGCUGUUCGGUGUAUCUGUCACGAAAACUACGCUGGACCUAACUGUGAAAGAUGUGCUCCUGGUUACUAUGGAAACCCCUUACUCGUUGGUAGUACCUGUAAGAAAUGUGACUGCAGUGGAAAUUCAGAUCCCAACUUGAUCUUUGAAGACUGUGAUGAAGUCACUGGCCAGUGUAGGAAUUGCUUGCGUAACACCACGGGAUUCAAGUGUGAACGCUGUGCUCCUGGCUACUAUGGGGAUGCAAGGAGAGCCAAGAACUGUGCAGUGUGCAAUUGCGGGGGAGGCCCCUGUGACAGCGUAACCGGAGAAUGCUUGGAAGAAGGUUCUGAACUCCCUACAGGCAUGGACUGCCCAACCAUCAGCUGUGAUAAGUGCAUCUGGGACCUGACAGAUGACCUGCGGCUGGCAGCACUCUCCAUGGAGGAAAGCAAAUCCGGGCUGCUGAGCGUGUCUUCCGGGGCUGCUGCUCAUAGGCACGUGAAUGAAAUGAACUCCACCAUCUACCUCCUCAAAGCAAGAUUGUCAGAGAGAGAAAACCAGUAUGUCCUAAGAAAGAUACAAAUCAACAAUGCAGAGAACACAAUGAAGAGCCUUAUGUCUGACAUAGAGGAAUUAGCUGAAAAGGGAAGUCAAGCCUCACGGAAGGGGCAUCUGGUUGAGAAGGAAAGCAUGGAGACCGUCGACCACGCGACUAAGCUUGUAAAACAAGCCCACGACAUGAGGGACAAAAUCCAAGAGAUCAACAGCAAGAUGCUGUAUUAUGGAGAAGAGCAGGAACUUGGCCCUGAGGAAAUCUCUGAGAAGCUGGUGUUGGCCCAGAAGAUGCUGGAUGAGAUCAGACGCCGCCAGCCAUUCUUCACCCAGCAGGACCUUGUGAAUGAGGAAGUGGACGAGGCCCACGAACUGUUGAGCCAGGCUGAGAGCUGGCAGCGGCUGCACAAUGACACCCGCUCCCUGUUUCCUGUCGUCUUGGAGCAGCUGGAUGACUACAAUGCUAAGUUGUCAGAACUCCAGGAAUCACUGGACCAGGCCCUGGACCAUGUCAGGGAUGCCGAAGACAUGAACAGGGCCACAGCAGCCAGGCAGCGGGACCAGGAGAAACAGCAUGAGAAAGUGCGGGAACAAGUGGAGGUGGUGAACACGUCUCUCAGUGCAUCUGUGAACUCUCUGAGGACGCCUCGUCUGACUCUUUUGGAGCUCGAUGAUAUAAUAAAGAAUGCAUCAGGGAUUUAUGCAGAAAUAGAUGGAGCCAAAACCGAGCUACAAAGAAAACUAUCCAACCUAAGUAACCUCAGUUAUGACUUAGUGCAAGAAGCUAUUGACCAUGCCCGGAACCUGCAACAAGAAGCUGAUGAGUUGAGCAGGAAUUUGCACAGUUCAGAUAUGAAUGGACUGGUACAGAAAGCAUUGGAUGCAUCAAAUGUCUAUGAAAACAUUGCUAAUUAUGUUAGUGAAGCCAAUGAAACGGCAGAAUUGGCUUUGAACAUCACUGAUCGAAUUUAUGAUGCUGUGAAUGGGAUUGAUACUCAAAUAAUUUACCAUAAAGAUGAAAGUGAUAACCUUCUCAGUCAAGCCAGAGAACUACAAGCAAUAGCAGAUUCAAGCAAUGAGGAAGCAGUGGCUGACACCAGCAGGCGUGUGGGUGGAGCCUUGGCCAGGAAGAGUGCCCUUCGAAACAGGCUCAAUGAUGCCAUCAAGAGACUGCAAGCAACAGAGAGAGUGAGAAAUCUGUCAGAGGUUGUCCCUCAGCUCCUGGAUCAGCUUCGCACCGUGGAGCAGAAACGGCCUGCGAGCAAUGUUUCCGCCAGCAUUCAGAGAAUUCGAGAACUCAUUGCACAGACCAGAAGUGUUGCUAGCAAGAUCCAAGUCUCCAUGAUGUUCGAUGGACAGUCAGCCGUUGAAGUGCACCCCAAAGCCAGUAUGGAUGACCUAAAGGCCUUCACCUCCCUCAGCCUGUACAUGAAGCCCCCCAUGAAGCAGCAAGAAGAGCCUGGGACUGCAGAUCAGUUUGUCCUAUACCUCGGAAGCAAGAAUGCCAAAAAAGAAUAUAUGGGUCUUGCGAUCAAAAAUGAUAACCUGGUAUACGUUUAUAAUUUGGGAACCAAGGAUGUGGAGAUUCCACUCGACUCCAAGCCUGUCAGCUCCUGGCCAGCUUACUUCAGCAUUGUCAAGAUUGAGAGGGUAGGAAAACAUGGAAAGGUGUUUUUAACAGUCCCAAGUUUAAGUAGCACAGCGGAGGAGAAAUUUAUUAAAAAGGGAGAGUUUGCAGGGGAUGACUCCUUGCUGGAUCUGGACCCUGAGGACACUGUGUUUUAUGUCGGCGGGGUGCCUUCCAACUUCAAGCUUCCUGCCAGCUUAAACCUGCCUGGCUUCUCUGGCUGCCUGGAAUUGGCCACUUUGAAUAAUGAUGUGAUCAGCUUAUACAACUUUAAGCACAUCUACAACAUGGAUCCCUCCAAGUCAGUGCCCUGUGCCAGGGAUAAACUGGCCUUCACUCAGAGCCGGGCUGCCAGCUACUUCUUCGAUGGCUCGAGUUACGCCGUGGUGAGGGAUAUCACCAGGAGAGGGAAAUUUGGUCAGGUGACUCGCUUUGACAUAGAAGUCCGAACCCCAGCUGACAAUGGCCUUGUGCUCCUGAUGGUCAAUGGAAGUAUGUUUUUCAGCCUAGAAAUGCGCAAUGGUUACCUGCAUGUGUUCUAUGACUUUGGAUUUAGCAGUGGCCCUGUACAUCUUGAAGACACGUUGAAGAAAGCUCUAAUUAGUGAUGCAAAAUACCACGAGAUCUCAAUCAUUUACCACAAUGAUAAGAAAAUGAUCUUAGUAGUUGACAGACGACAUGUCAAGAGCAUGGAUAAUGAAAAGAUGAAAAUACCUUUUACAGAUAUAUACAUUGGAGGAGCUCCCCCAGAGAUACUGCAAUCCAGGACCCUAAGAGCACACCUGCCUCUAGAUAUUAACUUCAGAGGAUGCAUGAAAGGUUUCCAGUUCCAAAAGAAAGAUUUCAAUUUACUGGAGCAGACAGAAACUCUGGGGGUUGGAUAUGGAUGUCCAGAGGACUCUCUUAUAUCUCGCAGAGCAUAUUUCAAUGGACAGAGUUUCAUUGCUUCAACUCAGAAAAUAUCUUUCUUUGAUGGCUUUGAAGGAGGUUUCAAUUUCCGCACAUUACAGCCAAAUGGGUUACUAUUCUAUUAUUCUUCAGGGUCCGACGUGUUUUCCGUUUCACUGGAUAAUGGCACAGUCGUCAUGGACGUAAAGGGCACCAAGGUUCAGUCAGCAGAUAAGCAGUACAACGAUGGGCUCUCCCACUUCAUCGUCACCUCUGUCUCCCCAACAAGAUAUGAACUGAUAGUAGACAAAAGCAGACUUGGGAGUAAGAAUCCUACCAAAGGGAAAGCAGAACACACACAAACAGGGGAAAAGAAGUUCUACUUCGGUGGCUCACCCAUCAGUCCCCAGUAUGCAAAUUUCACCGGCUGCAUAAGUAAUGCCUACUUUACCAGGCCGGACAGGGAUGUGGAGGUGGAAGAUUUCCAGCGGUACUCUGAAAAGGUCCACACUUCUCUUUAUGAGUGUCCCAUUGAACCUUCACCAUUGUUUCUCCUUCACAAAAAAGGAAAAAAUUCCUCAAAGCCUAAAGCCAGUCAGAACAAAAAGGGAGAGAAAAGUAAAGAUGCACCUUCAUGGGAUCCUGCUGGCCUGAAAUUCCUAGAGCGGAACACUCCAAGAGACUCCCACUGCCACCUUUCCAGCAGCCCUAGAGCGAUAGAGCAUGCCUAUCAGUACGGAGGGACAGCCAACAGCCGCCAAGAGUUUGAACACUUGAAAGGAGAUUUUGGUGAAAAAGCUCAGUUUUCCAUUCGUCUGAAAACUCGUUCCUCCCACGGGAUGAUUUUCUAUGUCUCAGAUCAAGAAGAGAAUGACUUCAUGACUCUAUUCUUAGCACACGGUCGCUUGGUUUUCAUGUUUAACGUGGGCCACAAGAAACUGAAGAUUAGAAGCCAGGAGAAAUACAGUGAUGGAUUAUGGCAUGAUGUGAUAUUUAUUCGGGAAAAGAGCAGUGGCCGGCUGAUAAUUGAUGGUCUUCGAGUCCUGGAAGAAAGUCUUCCUCCUACUGGAGCAGCCUGGAAAAUCAAGGGUCCCAUAUACUUGGGAGGUGUGGCUCCUGGAAGGGCUGUGAAGAAUGUUCAGAUUAAUUCAGUCUACAGUUUCAGUGGCUGUCUCAGCAACCUCCAGCUCAAUGGAGCCUCCAUCCCCUCUGCUUCUCAGACGUUUAGUGUGACCCCUUGUUUUGAAGGUCCGAUGGAAACAGGAACUUACUUUUCAACAGAAGGAGGAUACGUGGUGCUAGAUGAAUCUUUCAAUAUUGGAUUGAAGUUUGAAAUUGCAUUUGAAGUCCGUCCCAGAAGCAGUUCUGGAACCCUUGUUCAUGGCCACAGUGUCAAUGGGGAGUACCUAAAUGUUCACAUGAAAAAUGGACAGGUCAUAGUGAAGGUCAACAAUGGCAUCAGAGACUUCUCCACCUCAGUGACACCCAAGCAAAGUCUCUGUGACGGCAGGUGGCACAGAAUUACAGUUAUUAGAGAUUCAAAUGUGGUUCAGUUGGACGUAGACUCGGAGGUGAACCAUGUGGUUGGACCCUUGAAUCCAAAGCCAGUUGAUCAUAGGGAGCCUGUGUUUGUUGGAGGUGUUCCAGAGUCUCUGCUGACACCACGCUUGGCCCCUGGCAAGCCCUUCACAGGCUGCAUCCGCCACUUUGUGAUUGAUGGGCGCCCCGUGAGCUUCAGUAAGGCGGCCCUGGUCAGCGGGGCCGUGAGCGUCAACUCCUGCCCAGUCGCCUGACGUGACCGAGCACAGCUGCCCAAGUACAGAGUUCUUCAGAGCACUGAGAUAAACACAAAGCCAGCCGAGAGGAACAGCAGCUCUUCGCUGGAAGCUUUCAUUUGGUUGAACAGAACUUACAUGAAUCAUCAGGGACUGGAUGCUUCGUAUUUCUCAUUUGGAGUCUUACCUUGGAUCCAAAAGUGUCUGCAGUGGGCUACGAUGAAGGAGUGGUAAACUUACCUGCAUUGAGAGCACACUUGUUUCCUGCUGGUGAAAUUACUGUGCCUGUUUCUAAUAAAAUAGAAGGGAUUCUAAAUAAACACUGGCACGCCUUUUUGAA